UGUCAAAACUGUUGUGUGUGUGGGUUUCUUGUUAUCAAAGCUCAAAAGAAACGAAGAUGGGGAUUUAGGUGUGCACAUUGUGAAGAACCUGUGCACAGUUUAUAAACCUUAUGACAGUUAAAAUGCUGUGAAUAGCAGAGGGAUUGCUCAAUGUGGAAGGAAUGUGCUGAGCAAAGAAUGUGCAUCCAAGGAAGGGAAGAAUGAGAUCACUUAAAUGAUGUAAACAGUGACUGAGCUGGGACUAGGAAGGUUAGAGACAGGAAGGAAUCUAUUUUGAAGAGAUUUGAAGGCAGAGAUGUGUGGUUUCAGAGAUCUGAAAGCCAGGUUUAGGAUUGGUGGGAGGAGGCAUCAUGUCAAUCAAAAUACUGAAGCAGCUGAAAAGAAAUCUUGUGAAGUACAGUCCAGACCUCUGUUUUUCUGUUCUUAUGCUUUUAUUCAGGCACCCCCUGACAUGGAGAAGCUCCGAGCUGCCAUGUCCACUGCUGGAUACUGUAAUAACUCUAGGCCAGAUCUCCUGCUUUAUGAAUAUGCUCCGGUGUUCCAGUGCACCACCGCCCUCCUGUGAAAACUACUGUGAGAAGAGUACUGAUUCAAGUGGAAUUCUUUGGAUUUGUUUGGGCAUAGGGUUGAUUUUAAUAAUCACUCUGUUUACCUUAAUGAUCUUGUUUAAAUGGAAGCACCUAAAGCAACUAAAAGAAAAACUGGAAAACACAGACUCCUCUGUGGAGCCGAAUAAUAUUCUCAAGGCUAAUACUGAAAGCAGUGUGAAUGCAGAAGAAAUUAGACACACACUUCCAAGUGAAACAUUAAUGUAUUCAGUGGAAGAAUGCACUUGCAGUGACUGUGGCUUGGUAAAACCUCAGACUGGCUGUGAAACUUCAUUUCCAUUACCAGCUACUGAAGAACAAGCUACUGUUCUAGUUACCACCAAAUCUUUUGAUUAUUACAACUACAUUCUGGGUGUUGGAUGACUGGGAGAGAAGUGUAUUUCUACUGAGUAAUAAUAAAUGAGUUAUUCCA